GUUUCUAGUUCACACCGAGUGCCUGUGUCGCGUCCGCCUCGGGGACGCAACCUGCGGACUACUCCUUCUUGGCUAACCUCGGCAUUGGUCUCGAACUGUGAGUGUACCAAAAAGUCUUGGUCUCACUUUAUGGUGAAACUUUGGCUCCGAACCCAAUUACGAGUCGAGACCGCUAAUGAUUCCCUAUCGGUUGUAGGCCUCAAAGCUGUCUCGAUUGCCAAACCUGUUCAUGGGCAUGAGGAUGUAACUUUUAUUUCAUUCUAA